UCUCGAAUGACUCAUCGUUCCUCCAGGGGGCGCUUUACAGCCCGCGGAGCAGGUUUGUUUGUAUCCGGACGCUGUUUUUGUAGAUAAAACAUGCAGACGGUGGAUGUAUCGCUGUAGUAGUCUAGAAACCAUAGAGCAUGUAAUCACACAUUGUCCUAAUUACCACCAAGAUAGACAAAGGUCAGUAUAAAAGCAUAAGGAGAACAAAAUUAGACUGGAUUUAAAGGAUAUAUUACAAAUAAAUUUAGGCGGAAUGUGUUUUAACAGUUUAUUGUGUUUUAUAUUACAGUCUUAGUUUAGAGAGUUUAAAUGAAGAUAAGACGGUUAGUCAGCUGGACCAACCCUGUUUGGGGUCAGAAGGUGGCGCUAAUGCGCUAAACGUUGCCAACUGCCAAAAAAGGAGCGGAAGAAGACGCCGCAGCAGCCCGCGGAGCAGGUGUGUGGUGUGUCCCAGACGGGGACCCGUAGCCGGUCGUGUCGCUGCCGGAACACGUUGUUUGUCGGUCUGUUUGUGGGCUGGAGCGGCUCUGUAGGCGCUGAAUGGCGGGACUGGAGCUGCUGUCCGAUCAGGGCUACCGGCUGGACGGGCGGAGAGCGGCGGAGCUCCGUAAGGUCCAGGCCCGGAUGGGGGUCUUCGCUCAGGCGGACGGCUCGGCCUACAUCGAGCAGGGCAACACCAGAGCUCUGGCUGUGGUGUACGGACCGCACGAGGUUCGAGGGUCCCGCAGUAAAACCUUACACGACCGUGCAGUCAUCAACUGUCAGUACAGCAUGGCCACGUUCAGCACUGCGGAGAGGAAGAGGCGCCCGCACGGCGACCGCAAGUCCAGCGAGAUGAGUCUGCACCUCAAACAGACCUUCGAAGCCGCCGUGCUCACUCAGCUCUACCCGCGUUCCCAGAUCGACAUCUAUGUUAAAAUCCUCCAGUCGGACGGUGGGAACUACAGUGCGUGUGUGAACGCUGCAACUCUGGCCCUGGUGGACGCAGGAAUCCCCAUGCGGGACUACGUGUGCGCCUGCACUGCGGGCUUCGUGGAGGACACGCCGCUGGCGGACCUGUGCCACGCGGAGGAGAGUGGGGGCGGCACCACUCUGGCCCUGGCACUGCUGCCCCGCAGCGAGAACAUCGCCCUCGUGCAGAUGGACGCACGGCUCCACCAGGACCACUUGGACACGCUGAUGGAGGCGGCAAUGACGGCCUGUAAAGGUCUCAGUAAAGUACUGGACAGCGUGGUGCGCCAGCAUCUGCAGGAAGUGUCUGUGCUGACCAGAGAAUGAAGAGCUGUGUCUGGUUCACCUGUAUGUCAACAGAAGUUUGCAGUUAAAGUGGAAAAAUAUUUUCUCAAUUCUCUUUUUUUUUUUUAAAAUAA